ACAGAUGGCACCAGUCGUCAACUAGCACUUCCCCAAUUAGGACCAACCAAAAUAUUUAGCAAAAAUGAAAUCGUUCAUCGUAUUCGCCCUGAUCGUCGCGGCCGUCGCCGCUGCCCCCCAACGCGGUCCUGACGCUGACGCUCAGGUCCUCAGAUACGACGCUGAAAACAUCGGCGUCGAUGGCUACAAAUAUUCUUACGAGACAUCCAACGGCAUCAAGUCAGAAGAGCAGGCGCAACUGAACAACGCCGGUACUGACAACGAGGCCAUCUCCGUCCGAGGUUCCUACUCUUACACUGGUCCCGAUGGAGUCGUCUACACUGUUGUAUACAUCGCUGAUGAGAACGGUUUCCAACCCCAGGGUGCCCACCUUCCCCAAGUAGCUUAAAUUACCCAAUGAUCUGAUUCUAGUCCUGUUAUGAAUAAAAAAGUAGCUUGUUUGUUUUAAUUUUA